CGGCGUUUGUGUCGCUGCACGCUGUCAAGGUUAUCCGCCAUUUUACACGCCGCCAAACGCCUCCCCGUGAUGAUUCCGAUGUUUCGUUAUUGAGUUGUGUUGUGUGUUAGUAUUCUAAUUAAUAUCAAUUAGGUGUCAGGGUAGUCACCAAGGCUGCUCCGACCAUGGAGUCUCUUAAUCUGGACUUGGUGACAAACAGCCUCAACUAUCAUGGGCCGCAAUUUCAAAAGAUCUGGGAGAAUGAGCGGAGUGAGCUGGAGUUGAAUAAAAUCAAAGAUUUGGAUUUUGCUGUGUACAACAAGAGGAGCAUGUAUCUGUCUUUUCAAGAGAGGACCAAGAGGUUAAAAAUGCAUCAGUUUUUUGUCAAGCAUGCAGAUGUGCUGUACUCUAAUGAUAAUAUGGAGAAAAUUGAUGGGUCUACUGAAGCUGGAUCUUCUGAAGAUCAUUAUGCUGUGAUGCCAUCAUUGGAAACAUUUAUGAGUGUUGUUGACAAGCAAAGCAGAUUGAAAUACUUUCGAGAGAAUGUCAAGAUAGGUGACUUAAUUUUGGGCACAAUUGUGAGCAAAACUCAGUCUGGCAUGAUGUUAAAGGUACUUUGCACCACAGGAGUGGGUGCAACAGUUCAUUAUGUAGCUGAUAUCAAUGUUAAGGCUUUCUGCCCAGUUGCUAAUAUAAUACCAGCGGUUGAUCGGAAAGGUGUGACCCGCAGCUAUAUGAUGAACGAUUCUGUUUGCUGCGAAGUUCUGGAGGUGAUCGCAGACACUGACAAAAUAAUGUGUGGUAUGAAAGGUACCACCAGGCAGUCCGAAGAUCCGGAACAUAGUCCCGCCCUGGGACUGAUUAGCACCGACGAUUUUCCGCUGGCAUACAAGAAAGCUCUCGAUCACAAAAACGAAAGCUAUGACGUUGUGCUCGAGAAAAGUGUCGGUUACAACAAUCCGAACAAUAUUGCGCAUUUGUCUGCGUUGCUCGGCGUCGAGAAGCAUUGCAGCAAUCUGUCAGCGCUGAGAACGCGUUUUCCUGAGGGAGAGUACGCCAUUGAGCUUCGUCAGCAACAGGCGAGCAAGUGGGCAUACAGUAACGUCGCCGACGGUAUCGAACACUUCAAAGCCGGACGACAUACAGAGGCGUUCCAAUGCUUGAACAAAGCAUUGCAUAUCGAUCCUAAGAACGUUGAAGGUCUGGUCGCCAGAGGCGCGUUGUACGCUAACAGCGGCAACUUCCAGAAGGCGAUCGAGGACUUUGAAACUGCGCUCAAACUAAAUCCGAAUCAUGCAAACGCGCGCAAAUACAUGGGCGAAACUCUUGUUGCCUUGGGGCGUAGUUACGAAGAGGACAAUAAAUUUGAUGAGGCCAGAAAGGCUUACCAGAGUUGUCUAAGCAUCAUUCCGAGACACGAGGAAGCAAUGAACAGUUUGGAGUUUUUGAAGUCCAAAGCUCAACCGGUAAAGAAUCUAAUUGAACCCGGCGAACUUCUGUUGCCCAACUUGCCAAAGGCGCAAGCCGCGGAAUUGACUGAUCCGUACAAGACUUUGAUGAAGUCGGAGGAGGAAGAAAAGAAAGAGAAGAAGAAAAAGAAGAAAAGUAAGAAGCGUAAGAGUCGCCGUCGCUCCAGUAGUACAUCUUCGAGCAGCUCUUCGGGCAGCAAUGACAGCAGCAGCAGUUCGUCGAGCAGCUCGAGUGACUCCAGCUCUAGUUCUGGGGACUCUGACUUCAAGAAGCGUAGCAAGAAGAAGUCGAAGCGCAGAGAAAAGGCCAACUCGCUGUCGCCACUCAGCAAGCGCAUGGCCAUGAUGGAUCCGACCCAUGAGGCCGCUACGGCUUAUCAGUUUAACAAGCCAGCUGGACCUUCUAUGGAGUUCUCUUUGGAAGCUCAAGCCACCAAAACCGUCGAGGAGAGUUACGAGACAAAGUUGCGCAACUUUUUGGAGCAAACCAAAGGGGAUACCGAUUAUGAGGACAAGGUAAGAAAAUUUUUAGACGAGAGCGUCAAAUGGAAGAAGGACAAGAAAGAUGAUAAAAAGAAAAAGAAGAAGAAGGACAAGAAAUCGAAAAAAGAAAGUAAGAAGCGCAAGAAGGAUAAGAAACUUAAGCGGAAAUUGGACGAGUAUGAGUUGCGCGAUGCGCUGAAGAAGGAAUUGGGACUCAAGGAGGGCAAGCGCAGCAAGAAACAUGGUGUUGUCCUAUCAGAUGAUGAGGAAUAUUUACUUCAAAAGUUGGGACAAGGAAAAAGACUGUUGGAAAACUACACAGAGCUUGAUGAAUUGGAAGCGAAAUUGAGUGCAUACUACGCUUUGGAGAAUGAGGUCAAGAGGUCUGAGGGUGAAGGAGGUUCUAUAAGCCCGAAGCGUUCACUUGGCUCGCCAUCACCAACACGCGAACAGAAAGCGCGUCUUGCAGUUGCAGAAGCAUCCGCAAUGACUAGUAGCGGCAAAUGGAAAAUGCAUGUGGGUCCUUCGACGGCGUCGACGUCUCGCUUCAAGCGCAAGCAGGAGCGCGAGGAUUGGCAAGACGAUCCCCUGAAUUUGCAAGGUAAGAACGGUGAUCAUAUGCGUCCAGAUUCACCCAAAAAGCAACCACCUUUGCCGCCUCUGCCCCACGACAAAUUACAAUCUCGCAAUAAAGGAAUGCCACCAAAGCAAGAUAUGAUGAUGGAAGGAGGACCCAAGAAGAAGGGCAAUCAAGGGGGCAUGGUGCCGAAAGCCAAUCCGAUACCGCAAGGUCAAGUAGUGCUGGACAAGUUUGGUAACUUCCGACUGGUCACACCACCAAAGAAUGCUCAAGGUCCACCUCCUGGUGUUGUUCAGCGUUAUGAUGGUCGUGGAAAACCGCCAGAGCCACCAGGACGUCCACGCUCCGAAAGCCGGUCGCCUCGGAGCAGGGGCAGAUCGAGGUCUAGAGGCAAAUACAGUAGGUCACGGUCAAGUACUGGAUCUCGUUCACGUUCUAGGAGUUACCGCAGCCGCUCCAGAUCGUAUUACAGCCGAUCCAGGUCUCGCUCUGGAUCGUAUUACUCACGUAGUCGUUCUCGAUCACGAUCAUAUUCUGGCGAUCGGCGGCGUCGUCGUGGAGGUUUCCGUGGACGAUACAAUGAUCGCGGCACUUACUACAAGCCGCGUUUCCAGAACAACCGCAACAAUUUCCAGCGCGGCGGAAACCGUGGUGGUAACAACAGUAAUAAUCAUUACAGGGAACGCAUCCACGAUCGAGAUUUCCGUGGCGGAGGCGGUAACAACCGCGGCAGGUUUUAUAAUAAUCGUGGAGGGAGACGCCCGAGGGGUAGGUUCCAGCGAGGUGGCGGUUAUCGCGACAAUCGUGACAGGCGCUUCGAUAGAAGCAGAUCGAGGGAUCGCAGUCGUUCGUUCAGCAAUAGUCGUGAACGGGAUUCACCGCCAUCGGCAGAACCACGCGAAAAGAAGCAUACCGAAAAGGAGCAAAUCAAUAAAUACAGCGAUAGUGUGGGCGGUCCUGUGAAGCAUGACGGGCCGUUGUCCGAAGGCGAAGAUCGCGACGAUUACAGCAAUGACAAGUUUGUCGAUCGCGAAGCCUACGAUGGCAAAUGGGCAGAGGACGGUGGCGGUAGUUCCAAGAAAGACGCCGACCUCCCUUCCGAAACCAACAUCGAAGAGAUGGACAAGUUCCUGAAUAAGGUAAAGAAAGACAAAAAGGAGGAUAUGCUUGAACGAAACAAAGAUUUGAUCAAGCCUAAAGCUUGAAUUCGAUUCAAUCUCUGUUUGUGUGCUCACGGAUAUUUAAUGGUACACAGCUUGGAUUUAUUUUUUACUUGAAACUUCACUAUGUUCGCACAUUGUUGAUUUUACUUUGAUUGGAAAAACUUGGAUACGAUCAGUUCCAAUAUUAUUAUCAUCAGUGUGAGUGUUUUAUCUUAUAGAAAUGAUUUGGAGUCAAUGUUUUUUGUAUCUCACAACAUUAUUUCUUGGUGUUCCUGAUUCUAUCAUGCGACAUAUUAUCUGCUAUCGAUACUUAGAUGACAAAUAUAACUGAAAACCUAUAAA